CGCACGGAAAGCAUGAAAUGCGAACACGCCUUUACGUGUCCCGAGGGCGGAAGAAGACGGCGGCGUGCAUCCCGGAGUGAAAGGGGCGCGCUAAAUGCAGUAGCAGGAUGGUCCGGUUAUUGAGUGUAGCCUGCAGGCAGAGCUGGUCGCGCGCUGCUGUUGUCGGGAGUGAUUUGUAAUUAAAUGUGGUACCCGGUGUAUUGGUGACGUGGGCGCUGAAGUGGCGCGAGAGAGCGACGGGGGCGGAACCUCGCUGGGUCUCCGGCUGAACACUGGGGGUGGGGGGGUUCUCGGCUUCACUGGCAGUAGGGAAACGCACUCAACAGCUGGAGGAGAGCGUCGCCGGAACACCCCGAUGAUUACAGAACGUCUCCAGUCGUCAGGAGAAGCAAGAUGAUUGACACCUCUCUCCUGCCGAUCUUGAAGGGCGAAAGAGCCGUCCCUCCGUCAGUCAGAGUAUGGCUGUUUCAAUAGCGGGAGGCAGCGGAAGAGCAUCGGGAAUGGAAUCCCCGCGGGAAAGCGCAAGGCUCGGUUGUCAGGCUCGCGACGACCAGAGCGGAUAAGCUGUAGUCUUUUCUCGUGACAAGGACAGGGAUACGAAGGAAAGGAAAAGAUCAAAACAACUGGCGUCAAAAAAAAAAAAAAAAAAAAAGAAAGAAAAAAGACACGCGCCAUGGGGAUACAACACCUUUUGCUACUUUUGAUAUAUUUGGACCCGCUGAAUGUAUUAUGUGCAGCUACGGGAAAGAAAAAUAAGAACGUCCCCAAGCGGAAUCAGAAGGCGAAAGAACUGAAUACCACCGUCGUACCAACGGCGACUCCCCGCAGGAUCACGCAGGUCCAGCCGCCCGCCACCGGCAACCACGAGACGUGCCUGGGUUACUACGACGUGAGCGGGCAGUUCGACAAAGAGUUCGAAUGCAACAACACCGACCACCGAUACUGCUGUGGGAGUUGCUUCCUGCGCUUCUGUUGUCAAUUUAAGGGGAACCGUUUAGAUCAGAAGACCUGUACAAACUACAACACACCCGAGUGGGUGAAAACUCAGCCUCCCUCACCUGUGCCCACAGGUGACACUUAUGAUCCAAAUCUGGAUCAAACGAACACAACGGUCUACAUCACCUGUGGGGUCAUAGCUUUUAUAAUCACCCUUGGGAUUUCUGCAAAAGUGGCCUAUGACAAAGCGACAAGACCUCCACAGGAAAUGAAUGUUCACAGGGCCCUGGCCGACAUCCUGCGGCAGCAGGGGCCCGUGCCGAUAUCGCAGUACGAGCAGGAGAACAUGACGUCGGUGACGGACGGCUCGCCCAAGGAGAACACGCCCAUGAGGACCGCCAAGAACCACUACACGCCCGUCCACGGGAUCAAGCCCAACCACGGUCACUACGGGAAGGAGAAUUUCCGGAGCGGGGUCCAGGACCACAACUUCAUCUCCUCCGGCUUCGUCACCCUGGGACGGGGGCAGCUCAAAGCACAGCACUCCAUAGACCUCAGCGGACAGAUGUCCUGGCAGGACGAGCUGGAUGUCCCGACGUCCUACAGCGACCACCAAUACAGUUACAAUCACCUGGAGCUCCCCCACACACCUAAAAUCGAGAAAAAACGGAUGAACAACAUCCUGACCUCUCAGACCGAACCGUAUGACCUGUCCUUCUCCCGGUCCUACCAGAACCUCUCCCACCUGCCACCCUCUUACGAGGUAGCCCUGAAACCGGACCUGACGGAUAAGGACGUGGAGGACUACUACGCGAGGAAGCGCCGGCUCCAGCACGCCAUAACGAUCUGCCAGGAGCCGGACCUGCCCCCGCCGCGGCACCGCCAGAGGCCCCGGCGGGUGCAGAGGGCCCUGUCCCAGGACCACGUGCUGUCCCCCGAGGCCACGCCCACCCACCACUACGGCCUGUCCUCCUACGGCGGCCGCAUCCUGUCCGAGGAGCAGCUGCUGUCCGCCGAGCGGCUCCACUCCCAGGACCCCCUGCUCUCGCCCGACGGCAUGCUGUCGCUCAGGCGCGCCAACUUCCGCCAGAAGGCCAUGUCGCGGGCGCUGUCCCACACGGACAUGUUCGUGCCCACCACGCCCGUCAUGGACCGCUACAAGAUGACCAAAAUGCACUCCCACCCCAGCGCGUCCAGCGACUCGUACAACACCCUGACCGUCAACCACAACCCGACCGCGUCCAAGAGGCAGGCCUUCGCCUCGCGGCGGACCCACACGGUCGACCACCUCCAGUACAUCCCCGGACACGCCCACCAAUACCGCACGGCCAGCAAGACUGAAGUAACUGUCUGACCAGCAGGGGGCGCAAGGAUUACAUUGCUUACCUACAGAAAAAUUUAAAAACUCUGGGGAGUCCUUAGAUAUUUUGGGGGGCGACCCUUGGCGAUCCAAGGGGCCGGGGCGGCGUCAUUGCGGGGCCUCUUGCGAUUUCUGGGGCGAGCCCUUUUUUUGUCGUUGUCGCCUUCGAUUUUGAAUUUCCGUUAUUUUUUCGAAUAAACAAUAACUAGCCAACAGACUGAAUUAUUUGCUUACAGCACCAGCCAGCUCUCCAGCCCGUUCCAUUCUUUUUGUUGGCGUCUUAAAUGUGAAACUUUCGGCAGUUUCUUGCGGAAGGAUGCUGUUCUUUUCCACGCGUCGGGCAACAUCGAAGGGCUUCACAUCAUCGCACCCGGGGGGGACGGACGCAACUUUGGGGUCCAGAGACUAUUUUUAGGUGUGCAGACCUGGAGUCAACCUGUAUUAAAUUUAUACAUAUAUAAAUAUACUGACUAUUUGUACUUCCAGACCUUGUCAUAGCUUUAGAGAAUCUUUAGAGAACUACGAAAGUGUUUAGACCUUCUGCCGGUGCCUCAGCAAAACAACCCAUUUCAAUAUGGAAGUGGCUAUAUGGGUUAAAAAGCACAAUCAAUCCAUCAGAAGUUAUUCUUUUACGUUUCCUUCGUUCACAGGUUGCUCUCUGCUAACGGUUUUCAGCUCAUUAUCGAAAACAAACCUGCCAGUGUGGUUUCCUUUCUGCGUAGAUGAAUGUAAAUAUGCUACGGUAGCAGCAGCCAACCUUUUCAUAUACUUCUCAUAGACAUCAGCCACAAUAUCAAAUAUGACCACCCAGUAAACCAACUACGGAUGUGUCAAAGGAGCACCAUAAUGUGUUUGUAUGUAUGUGUGUGUGUGUGUUUGGGGGGGGUGUGUGUGAGGUGGAUGUGUGUGUGUGUGUGUGUGUUUUAUAAUGUUUAUAGAAUGAAAAGCGACUAUUGACAUCUCAGAGGGGAACUAUAAUGUGUGUGUGGGUGUGUAUGUGUUCAUGGGUUUGUGUGUGUUUGUGUGAGGUAUGUGCAUGUGAGGUGUGUGUGUUUUAAUGUUUGUAAAAUGAAAAAGCAAAUGAACAAAGUUGUUGACAGCCAGCUUGUGCAGUACACUGACUGACAUGUGAACAGUACCUGAACAGUUAUUCUUAGCGUAGUUCUUUUUUUUUUUUUUUUAAUUAACAAAAAGUGAAAAAUUAUUCAAUUUUUCAUUUUCUUACCCUACAUAUCUGUGCUUGACCGGGAAAAGCUGCUUUCGCUUUCCCAGAACGGUAACGCUUUUUGUGGUUGCAUAUAAAUUACCGCAGGUGUCAAAUGGAAUAGUAAUAGUCAUUGUGCAAUAGUUUACAUCGUUAGAGCUGUCGACGUACCCGAAAACAAUCAACAAAGAGACGCGUCCUGAUUGGUAGCUAAGGAGGGAAUAAACUGUGAAUCGUUUGAGACGUUUUGAUUAAAGCAAUGCCUUAUCUUACGGAGUCCCAUUCAACGCUCGUAAGCUCAGACUCUUGUCAUAUCCUACAUUGUGAUUCAUGUUAAUUAUAAUGGGAGCUGGCCUUGAGCAUUCACUUUCCUUUACGACUUCAGUGAGGACGUACAGUGCACUGUGCCAGCAAGCAAACAGACAUCAGGAGAGACAUAUACCUCAGCUUUGGUUAGAGACGGAAUCUUCAAAAGAAGAUGUGGAUUAUUUACUAAAUUGGAACAUUAUCAAAUAUGAAAAGGCCCUUGCAAUGUUUAAGAUUUAUUUAUUUGUUAGUCCUGAGCGGGGAUAUUUCUAGUCAUUUUAAAUGAAGGGGAGAAACAUAUGUUUCAUUCAAGUCCCAAAUUAAUUUUAAAUGAUUAGAUUUAUGUUUUUUAAUUCUUAAUGAAUUCAUGCGUUUGCCCUUAUGCAAUGCUGAAAGGUGACUGCUACGAGUAUGAUGUCACAACAUUUUAAACGAGAAAUCUCGACUUGAACCGAAAUUCAGUGAGGUGCGAUAUAGCCUACGCUAACCUCGCAUAACACCACAGCGAUGAUGCAUAUUAUUUCACACAAACAUUCAUAAAUGUCUACCACAGCUUGAGGUGGCAUGACAGAUGCAGUCCCUCGAAUUACGUGGUUUGUUGGCAUGAGACAUCGGGAAUGUUUGUGUAUGCUUGUGUCAAGCAUUAUAACGGGUUAUGCAGGUGGUUUAGGAAGAGAUUAAACUUAGGCAACAAUAUUUACUUCAGACUGAGAUGCAACAAUCAGUUUUCCGUAGGUUUACACCCGUCCAGAAACUCUGCAGUCAAGUCAAAGAAACCUGGGCAGCAGUGGGGUGGGAUUUAUUAAUUUGAAUGGUUCAGCUGAACACAAAAUGACAGUUAUGAGCUUUUUUUUAAAGUCAGCCAUAUGCACCAUGCUGUGAGUCCCUUGCUUUAUUAUGUAUAACAGAGAGUGGGGGGGGUUCUGACCUCCACAAUAAUUCCGACAGCAUCAGUGCGCAGCAGACAUGUUGUCUCAAAGACGGAACCGUUUCAGAUGAAAGAACACAGAAUGUAUAUUUGAAAAAUACA